GGUUGGUCGCCGUCGGUCAGUAAUUGUGCUGCAGCGUAUUCGUGUGCGCUACUUGACGUUCCGAAGGGAAGAAGGAAGAAAGAUAGUAAUAAUAGAUGAUUGUGUAGCUAUAGUGUGGCAGAAAGUGGGCGAUUCUAGCAAUUUGCAAUUCGAUUGUCUACCCACAGAACAGCGAAAAAGUGAAAUUUUGUACGAAGCUAAGUGCGUGUGGUGAUAAUACAAAAAAAGUGCAUCCAUUCGGGAUCGAUAAGCAAGCCAGUAACGUCAGUGUGAUAUUUCGUAUUCGAUCGAUAAGCUGUGAGGGCCACAGUUUAGCGGGCCGGUGUCACUAAUGUUCCGCCGUCGACGACGACGUUGGGGCGAGAUCGUUUCGUAGACCGCCACUGCGGUAAGUGUGCGGGCGCGGUUGUCCAGUGUACCGGAAAGAACGGAGGAUCGAUAUAGAACCGGAGUCGGAAAACCCCGGUUUGGAUCCAUUUUCCACGAUCACGAUCGGAGCGCGAGCGGCCAAACGUCAUCAGUCCCCGUCGUCUGCGCGGACAGGACCGUCACGAUGAACAAGCUCGAGUACUCGCGGCGCAAUGGCACGCAAAAGAUCCGGAUUACAAUUCUCUGCGCCCGUAAUCUGGCCCGGAAAGACUUGUUCCGACUGCCCGAUCCGUUCGCCAAAAUUCUCGUGGAAGGUACGACCCAGGAGUACACGACAGAAAUCUGCAAAGCAUCGCUUGAUCCGCGCUGGAACUCACACUACGAUCUGUUCCUCGGCAAGAACGAUAACAUCAUCAUUUCGAUCUACAACCACCGGAAGCUGCACAAGCGGCAAGCCUUUCUCGGCUGUGUGCGGAUAGUGGCCUCCGGCAUCCAGCUUCUGCGUGAUACGGGAUAUCAACGGUUGGAGCUGGUGAAACGCUCGCAGGAUGAUCCGGAUCCGGUCAAGGGGCAGAUCAUCGUGUCGCUAAUGUCGCGCGACAGUGCCACCGGUGGUAAUCCGCUCGCGAUCGUUAGCCCGGCCGGGGAUGUGCGGGUGCCGGACGAUGAUGAUGCGACGGACGAUACGCUCAUCGUCGAGCAGCAGCUGCCCCAGGGCUGGGAGGAACGUUCGACACAGAAUGGCCGCACGUACUAUGUGAACCAUUACACCAAAACCACGCAAUGGCCACGGCCAACCGAACCGGCCGGUCCGCCGGCCGGCGGCCGUCAGCCGGCGAACAAUGCAGCCGUCAACGGGAACGUGAACGGUGGGGGCGGCGGUGUGCCCGCGCAACAGCAGCACAUUCUCGGCAGUCCGACCAACACGCCGGCUAACGGGGCCGGUGAGGAACCGGGCUGUCCCACGAUACCGGCCGGUCCGUCCAAGUCGGCCACAAACAACAGCAUCAAUAGUAUUCAGUCGAACGAUUCCGGUAGCCGGCGGCAUUCGGCCGAAAUACUGGUCAGCUCGAACAAUAAGGAAAACUGCAUCAACCAGCACCACCAUCAGCAGCAGCAGCAGCAGCAGCACAAUGGGAAGGACCAUUCACAGCGCAACGGCGGCGGCAAAGAUGUGGACGGCAACAACGGGUUGGUAAAUGGUAACGGUGGUGGUACGCCCGCCCACCACAGGCACCGAAAUGAUGCGAAAAGCCCGGUUCGCAUACAGGACGAGUCGAUACUGAUCACGCCGAGCUCCUCCAAUACGAGCCCGUUGAGUGAAAUUAAUAGUCCGCUAACGUCACCGAAGCAGCAGGACAUUUCGCCCCGUUCUGGUAACGGUGGAAGGGAAACGCAACAAGUCACCGGAGUAACGAACGCCAUCGGAGCUCUUGCGAUCGACACACCGAGCACGGUUCGGUCGCCGACCGGCACGAAUGCAACCACCGGUGGACAGUGUGUGGUGGUGGUGAAUGGUAGCGGUGGUGGCGUUACUAACUUCAGCAGCCCCAACCAUCAACAUUCGCGCAGCGGUGGUGAUUCGAGUGUACCCGUUGGAGGUGGACAAACCCAUCCAGCAGCGAAACCCACGGUGCCUUCGUACUUGCCGCUGAAUGCGAGCAACAACACCAAUGGAGCAGCCGCCAACAGUACAUCGAAUGGCGUUAGCAAUCAUAGCAAUAGUUCUUCCGGUCCCGACACCAUCGGUGGUGGUGGUGGUGGGACGGGUGGCGGUGGUGGGGGAAGAUCACAACAGCAGCAGCACCAUCACGGAACACCUGCCGGGGAAAGUUGUCAUCGGGAAGGAUCGGCAUCGCGAUAUCAUCGGACCCGUUCCGGAAGGCACGCGGAAGAUCCUAAUCGGCGGCGUACUUCACGCGAUAGGCCACCCCGACCAUCGAUGGGUGUUAUGGGUGGACCCCAAGCCCGGUCUGGCGCACCCUUCAUCCGACCAGCAGUAGAUCUUCCCCAUGGCUAUGAAAUUCGAACAACCCAACAGGGACAGGUGUACUUCUAUCACAUACCAACGAAGCAGUCUACAUGGCACGAUCCACGAAUACCGCGCGAUUUCGACACGCAAAACCUAACGACGGAAACGCUCGGUCCACUGCCGCACGGCUGGGAACAGCGGAAAACGGCAUCCGGGCGGGUGUAUUUUGUCGAUCACAACAACCGCACGACGCAGUUCACCGAUCCACGGAUAAACAUGCACAUCCUGCAGAUGAUACGGCGGCAGAACAGUGCGACCGCAUCGCCACCACCGGCUACCGCUACUACGACCGGCAGCAACGGAUGCUCGUCGGUUGCGCUGUCACCGCUAUCCGGCGCAGGACCGCAAGUCCCGAACGGUAGUGGCGGCACGAGCCGACAUGCAGCCCUGGCGGAAGCAGUCAACGCUAUUACCAACGGAGACGCGCAUCACCAUUCGCCGAGGGGUGCAACCAUAAGCAAUAACAUUCCCGAUCUACCGCAGGGCCUGAUGGACAGUGCCGACCUGCUGCCGAAGUAUCGGCGCGAUCUGGUCGGCAAGAUACGGGCACUGCGGCAAGAGUUGCAGCUGCUACAGCCACAAUCUGGUCACUGUCGGUUAGAGGUGUCUCGAAAUGAAAUUUUUGAGGAGAGCUAUAGACUGAUCAUGAAGAUGCGUCCCAAAGAUAUGCGCAAACGGUUGAUGGUGAAGUUUAAGGGCGAGGAAGGACUGGAUUACGGUGGUGUGGCUCGUGAAUGGUUGCACCUGCUGUCGCGUGAAAUGCUCAACCCCCAGUACGGCUUGUUCCAGUACAGCCGGGAUGAUCACUACUCGCUGCAAAUUAAUCCAGACUCAGGCGUUAAUCCCGAGCAUCUGUCUUACUUUCACUUUGUCGGGCGCAUUCUGGGCAUUGCCGUGUUUCACAAUCACGUGCUGGAUGGUGGUUUCACGCUGCCGUUCUACAAGCAGCUGCUCAACAAACCGAUCACACUGUCCGACAUCGAGGACGUCGAUCCGGACCUGCACCGUAGUUUAACGUGGAUGCUGGAAAACAAUAUGACGGGUGUAAUCGAUUCGACGUUCAGCGUGGAAAACAACAGCUUCGGUGUGCUGAAGGUGCACGAGCUAAAACCGAACGGGGCCUCCAUCCCGGUGACCGAGGACAACAAGCGGGAGUACGUGAAGCUGUACGUGAACUAUCGGUUUAUGCGUGGUAUCGAACAGCAAUUUUUAGCUCUCUCAAAAGGAUUCGGCGAACUGAUUCUUAGCCAUCUGCUUCGGCCCUUCGACGAGAGGGAAUUGGAGCUACUGAUCAGCGGUAUUAGUCAGAUCGAUGUGAACGAUUGGAAGGCCAACACGCGGCUUAAGCAAUGCACCGCCGACACACCACAGAUCGUGUGGUUCUGGCAGAUCGUGGAAUCUUAUUCGCCGGAAAUGCGCGCCCAGCUGCUACAGUUCGUGACGGGUUCGUGCCGUGUACCGCUCCAAGGUUUCCGCGCACUGCAAGGUUCGACCGGUGCGGUCGGUCCACGGCUGUUUACCAUUCACCUGACCGCGGACGUACCGAUCCAGAACCUACCGAAGGCGCACACCUGCUUUAACCGGCUCGAUCUACCGAUGUACGAUUCGUACCAGCUAAUGUACGACAAAUUGACGCAGGCCGUCGAAGAGACGUGUGGAUUCGCGGUAGAGUAGGGAAAGUGUUCGAAUCGUAUCGUACAAGCGUGUGUAUCGAAGCGGUGUGGUGGACUAGUGAGAGAGAUAAACGUGCCCAUACAGCGACAAAGAAACCGGAACGCAAAGCGUGCUGCUGGAACAAAACGAAACGGAUUGAAUUGUUUUCCUUUCGAUUUGGGUAUCCGAGGACGGGUGUACGAAAGGAAAAUUAAUUUACCGUCGUCAAAUGAAUGUCGCCGGCGUAGGAAGCUUACCUUUAUCUGUGUGUCGAUUUGCGUUCGCACAUGAACAACUGUUGGGCUAUUCAGUCGGAAUAAGUUACCCCGAAUGAAUGAGCCGGUUGAUUUGUGGAUGAAAACACAAUCGUUGGUGUUUAACUUUUAUGCUUUUAACCGUACCGUUUCUUUUGCCGUACAGCUAUCGCUGGAAUUGUCGGAGAGUUAUUAAAGAAGAAAAAACAAUACAACAAUAAAUCUACAACAAAAAAAAACAUGCCUAGUAACACAAUGAUAGACCGUGCUAGAUAGAAUGAAGAGGACUGUUUGACAAAUUGAAACAAUUAACAGCUAGAGCUCUCGGUGCGUAUUGCGCAGGUUGCAAAGGUUUUUGAGACGCGAGAGGAAUUGGGUAGAAGAAAGGAAGGAUUGACUUAUCCAAAUGCCAGAAACGUGUGUACAGAGUGUGCCGAAGGGAGUUCGAAUGUGGGUCCGAGGAAGCAAAUAAUGAGUGAUAUAAUUAUACACGUAAAUAUAUAUAUAUAUAUAUAUAAAUAUAUAGUAUAUGUCAUAUGUUACUAUAGAUGUUAUCUGUAAAAAAACAGGUGUAAACAAAAACACAAAACACCGCCCCAUAAAAGGUGUGUAUGUAUGUAGAGAGAGAGAGAGAGAGAAAGAGAGAGAGAGAGAGAGAGAGAGAGAGAGAGAGAGAGAAAAAGAGGGAGGAAACAAAACACUGAAUGGAUGACAUGAGAAAGCAAAGGGCUUCACGUUUGGCUCUUCAGGGAACCCGAACUCCCGUAACGAUCGUAGGUCGAUAAGUUUAGCUCUUGUUUUGGCAAGUGCUUCAAGCUUUAAUGUCAGGAUUUUCGUGAGAUUAGUAAGCAGAAAAAACACAACGACGAUGAUGCGGAUGAUUGUAUGCCAUGGAAGAUUUGAAUACACAUAUCGCCCUUAGCGGUGUGGGGUGCGCACCUUGGGUCAUGCUAAGCACCCCCUGAGGGUUGCUUAUUACAUUGUUUAUUUAUUCUUGUUUCGUAUCAGCUUUCCGUUCGACAAACCCUUUACGCCAAUAGUAAAACAAUAAAACACUUCCCUAGAGAAAAGAAAAUUCCUUCCCAAUUUGCCAAUGUAGUUUUUUCUUCUUUGCUGUAAAUAGAUUUUGUACAGACGAUAGGAGUUUUUUUUGUGAUAUGUGGUGAAAAUUCAAACCCUUUUUUUUAACCCAAUUUCGCACUAGGCCACACUCAGCAAACAACCUAAUGCAGACUAUCGUCUAUACAAAGCCACUGCAAUUCGUUAAAUUAAAAAAAAACUCUUUACAUUACUGCACCUAGGGGGAAAAGCGCUUGCAUUUAAUAGACACACACACACACACUGUUUUCUUACACCUUUUUCAAUUUUCAAACCAAUUAAAAAGUACUACGGCUAAUAGAUUCCAUUUUCCGAUUCACAAGUUGCGGGCUUCGUUCAAAAAUGCUCAAAAUUUUGUACCAAAAAAAAAAGAACGUGCAAAACGCAAAUCAAAAACUACACUAAUGUCUAAAUAAACGAAUAAAAUAAAUAAAAACAAAUACAAAAAACACAACAAUCAAAAGAAUUUAGCGAAAACUAUUAUAGAACAUGUUUAGAACCCUCCAAUUUUCGUACGUCGUUUUAGAAGAACAAAACAAAUGCAAAAAAGGAAAGGGAUAUUUUAAAACCCGGUAAACACAUGCAUAGGAAAUUAAAGUAAACUGCUAAAAAUGGAUGGGGGAAUGAUCGGCUUUAGAAGAACAAUAUCUCGUACGCAGCGCCACUAGGUAACACUAAUUAAAGGAAAAAAAACGUUAUAAACAUUGCGCAAAGACUACUGGUAAGAGUUAGAGAAACAAAAAAAUCAAACAAACAAAACGAUGUCCAACAAAUACUAGUAACAUCAUUUUCUUAUAGCAAACCGAAGCUCAUUUAGUUAGCGUAGUGAAAGUGAAACAAACAAAACAAGAUC